ACUGCAUGAGUCGGUGCUGCGGCGCACUUACCGCCACCACGAUGUCUUGACCGCGGCGAGCGCGGGUCUCGUGGGCUCCUUCCCUCGUGUGCGGUGCGGUGGAGCCCCCGUCGCGCCUCAACGACAUGGGGGUUCCCGUCCAUCCCAGCCGCCUGAGUGAGAGCGGCCUACAUUAAAGACGAGGCCGUCCUCCGUCCCGAGUCGAGUAGGGUUUGUUCUCCAUCGUCUUACCAAAAUCCAUUGGGUGACACCAGUCCACUCCGCCAUCAUCUCCUCACGAUCGGACGUCCGACGAUCGACAGAGCUAGAAGUCUCCUUUAUUUCUCUCCGAGACCAGUCAUCCUCUCCUCUACCGCACAUCAUCUACCCCAAGACUGCCGUCCUGCAGUAUUGUGCAAACCGCCAAGAUGACGACGGGCACGAGCACACCCACGUCUUCGUAUGAUGGCGCUCCCAGUCCGCGCAUCGAGAUGGAGACCAGCGACAGCUAUUUCCCUUCUUCCGCCACAGCAGCCAACAGCAGCAGCAGCACGAGCGCGAACUCCACAGCCACUAGCACGCCAGGAUACUCCUCCGCUUCAUCCUCCACAGUCGGCCCCCGACCACCACCCGUGAAACAGACGUCCUCGGGCGUCGGGCCGUACCCGCUGUCGGCGCUCGAUCGCCACCACGCACUUCCCGAAGAGGAACUCGACCUCGAGAAGCAGCUCGCCAAGCCGCCCUUGCCGAGAUCCCUGCACAGCUCGCUCAGGGCGGCGGCCGCAUCGGAGCGGAGGAAACUGGUCGGUGACGACCCUGAGACGAAGGCGCAGCGGCUUGCGGAGGCCAAGAAGGAAUGGGCGAGCUGGGCGGCGUGAGGACGGCAACGCGUGGCGGUCCGUCGCGUUUCAUUGCGAUCAAACAGGUGUGACCGUAGUCGCUGUGACACGGCGCUUCAAAAUGGAGUUUGUAUCAGUUGGCGGAAGCCUUCUACUGGAGUUGAAUUUGCUUGCUCUUUGAAUCAUGGCGUUGUCUUCAUGACGUAACGAUCGCCCUAAUUAGGCACUAGAAUGCGCAGUCUGCUGGAAUAUAUAGCUUUAUUGGAGCUUAUUGAAGAUAC